UCAGUAAAAAAAACAUCAGACUUAUCUGUAUCAUCCUAGACCUUAUCUAUAAAAUUGCAUUAUGUUUACAUAAAAAAAAUGCAUAAAAAAGUGAAUGCACUUGUAUAAUUAUCACAUAUUUAAUCAUCAACUUUAACAGAUUCAUCAUAAUAAUUCAUAAUAUGCACUGUUUGCUCCACAUGUGUAACGUUUCAUGAAUAUAGCUGUAAAAAUAUAUGCAAAGUACAACAAUCAAAGUGCAAAAAUAUAUUGGCAUAAUAAUAUGAUCAUCUCACUGCUUUAACACAUAAAAACUAAUUUAUUAACUAUGGAAAAUGCUAAUCAAUAAUUUUGGUUAUACUAAAAAAUAUCAUUUAAAGACAAUUAUUAAUAAAUUGUCUGUCAAACUUGUAAAAUCAAAAUAAAUAUAAAAAUAGCUAAAUUAUUAUUAACAAUAUGUUGUUAACAGUAUUCUACAUGGUAUCAACUUGGGUACAAGCAUGGAAGCUGUCAUCAUUGAAAGCUCGUUUUACAGCUGUUCUAAAUAUUGGAUUAGAUACAACAAAACCAUCAAUAAUGUUUCACAUAAAACCACCAGAUUUUAUAAAAGAUGAAAAAGAUGAUAAAAAAUCAGAUAAUCAUGAUGAUUUACUCAGCUCUCAUUUAUGCAGUAAUAAGAGUAUUGCAAAACUUGGUGACCUUCUUUGGUGUCAAGGAGACAAAAGGCUAUGCACAAUAUAUCCAUUGCAAAAAAUUGAUGUUAAUGAAUGGCUGUUAUAUGUACCAGGUCAAUGGAAUUUUCCUCUUUACAUGAACAUCAGUAAAACAAUUGAACAGCCAAAAAUAUUAGAUGAUACAAAAAUGCAUGUACUAAUUGAGGCAGAUAUUGAAAAUUAUUGUCCAAAUGCAUUUUUUGAAUUAACAAAGUUAGAAAAUUAUGGUCAUGCAGUAGCAUGGACAGUUGACAAGGUGUUUGCUAUAAUAAUUGAAACUGAUAUUGAUCAUUUGAUAAAGCUUUCAAUAGCACUUAUGCAAAAUCAAUGUUAUAUUAAUAAUGGAAUGAUACUUAAAAGAAUUGAAUCAGUAACUAUAACAGGUAAACCAUGUAGUUAUAAUAUUGGAAAAUCAAUUGUUCUUUGUGAUAAAAGAUUAGUUGGUAAAGCACAAUGGCAAGAGCAUAUUAAUAAACUUAAAAUAUUUAGCAGUACUGCUAGACAUGUUGCUCAAAAUGGAACGUCUUUUGAGAUUGAUACACUACCAGGUAUUAUUAUUCAUCCAGGUUGUCAACUUGUUAGUCUUCAACAGCCUGUUGUUUUAAAAAUAGAUACAUCCAUGAUUAUAUUGAUGAUGAACUUGAUCAAUCAUAAACAAUGUUGUAAAAUUGAUGAACCAUCAAUACCACCACCAACAACACCAUCAUCAUCACAAAAAAAUAAAAAUUCAUCAAACACAGCUACACCACAAAAACCUCCAAGAAAACAAUUAUCAAUAUUGAAAGAUAAAAAAUUUGAUUCAUUUGAUAAAACAAUAAAACCACCAAAUGUUUUAAUUUACGCUGAUAAUACAAUUGCCAAAGAAAAUAUAAAAAAAGUACUUGAAUUAUCAUUAAAUAUGGAUAAAUAUACAAUUUAUGAAUUAUCAUCAAAUGAUGCUAAAAAAGAUAUAUGGAUUGAUCAAACAAAUUUAUUAAUAAUAUGUGGUAAUGUUGAUGGUGAAAUUGCAAAUCAAAUAAUUGAAUAUAUAAUAAAAGGUGGUAAAAUAUUGACAUUAUGUUCAGAUGCAUUAAAAUAUAUUUUACCAUCAUUUAAAACAGCUGAAGUACGUGAACAUGAACUUGUUAGAUUUUCAUAUGGUAAAUGGAAAAAUGUACAAUUAAUGCAUCAUAUAUUUUGUUAUCAAGCAUCACCAACAAAAUUGCGAUCAUUUUCACAAGAUCAAGAAGAUUAUAAGAUACAAAAAUUACCAAAAGAAAAAACAAAUAUACCAGUAUCAGAAAAUUUACGUGAUAAAAAUGGUAAAAUACAUAAUUUUCAUAUUGAAGUAUUGGGAACAGAAGAAACAUGGCAUACACCAAGUAUUGUAUUAGCUGAUUUAUCAAAUAGUGGUGGUAAAAUUGUAUUUUCACAAAUUCAUCUUGAAGCUGAUCCAUCACAAUAUGAAUGUGAAGAAAUAAAAUAUCAAACACUUAAACAAAGUAAUACAGCAAGACUUGAAAUUUUAAGUGAUUUAUUAUCUGUUCAUUUAUCAAUGGAUGUUAAUAAAAAUUUACAUGAAGAGCCAAUAUUUGAAUCGGGGUUUUUUCUUGGUAGACAUGAAUUUAAAUUAAGAAUGCUUGAUAAUUUAAAAAAUAAAAUUAAAGAUAAUAAUAUACUUCAAAUGAAAAAAUUACAAUUACAAUUUUGUUCUGGUAAUGAUAAAAUAAUCAAGGCUUCAUCAAAUAUAUUACCAAUAAUGAUACAUCAAUGUCCUGAUAAUUUUUCAACAAUUGAUUAUUUUGAAAAUUUAAAAACAAAAGAACUUGGUAGACUUGUUAUUUAUGCAAAUAUCAUGACAUCAUCAAUGGAUGUUGUUAAUGGUUGUCAACUUGAACAUGGUCUUGUUGUUAUUCCACGACGACAAACUCAAGGACAAGGUAGAGGAAAAAAUAUAUGGUUAAGUCCAAUUGGUUGUGCAAUGUUUACAAUUCAAAUUCAUAUACCAAUUAAUUCUUACAUUGGCUGUCAUUUACCAAUAUUACAAAAUUUAGUUUCUGUUGCAAUUAUAUCAGCAGUUAAAACGCUACCUGGUUAUGAGAAUAUUGAUUUACGAAUAAAAUGGCCAAAUGAUAUUUAUGCUGGUAAUCAAAUUAAACUUGGUGGACUUGUUGUUACAACAUUGAUUGAAUCUAAAAAAGCAAUUUGCAAUAUUGGUGUUGGUGUUAAUUUAUCAAACGACUAUCCAACAAGCAGUUUAAAUAAUAUCAUUGAUAAACAUAAUAAAAAAUAUAAUAAAAAUUUAUCACAUAUAAGUUAUGAAAAAUUUUUUGCACUAAUAUUUACUGAACUUGAAAAUAUCAUUGAUAAAGUACAAAAUAAUAAUAUUGAUUAUUUUAAUGAUCUUUAUUAUGAGUACUGGAUUCAUACAGAUGCUGAUAUUAGUGUGGUAUCAAAAAAUGGUGAUAUAGAAAAUGUAAAAAUUCGUGGAAUCGAUGAUUUUGGAUUUUUACAAGUUGAAAAAAAUAAUGGAACAAUAAUGACUGUUCAUCCUGAUGGUAAUAGUUUCGAUAUUAUCAAAGGACUUAUUGUUCCAUCAAUGGAAAGAUAAUUAAACAAAAAAAAAAACAUUCAUAAUUAUCAAUUAGAAAUUAAUAAUCAUUUUUAGAUAAUUCCAAAGAGUUAAUUAAUAACUAUUAUUAAAUCAUUGAUUCAUGUUUUUAAAAAUAAUAAUAAUAUUUAUGAAUUAAUAUUAAAUUUUCGAUAUAUAUAUACUAUGAAAAAUGAAAAAUUAUUUAUGUGAUUUUGCGUAAAACUGCCUGUAUCUAUGACAUUCCUUUUAAUUAAAAAAAAAAGUUUAAAAUUAUAUCUUUAAAAUUGAAACUAUAAUAAAUGUUGUCUGUUGAAAUAAUAUUUGUAUUAUUUAUUAUUGUCUUGUUUAU